CUCGUCAUGGAAAACUCACGAAACUAAAGAACGAACAUCGAACAUAUAUGUAUUCAUAAAUUAAAAAAGAAUUGGCGAUUUCGUGCAUGAAUUAUGCAACAACGUGCAUUUAAGUAGCGAUAUUCGAAGUUGGUUGUUUGCCUAUGAGCAUAAUAGGUCUUGUGUUCUAGACUCUGAUAGCAGUGAUUAGUUUUAUCUGAUUCAUUUCAGAAUUACUUGGUGGAAGCAAUUUUCAAAGUUUAGUUUAGAUCUCAUCGCCUUUUUCUGUUAUAAAAUUUUAUUCUUUUUACGAGUCACGUCAGAUUUACUGUUGCUUUAAUUUAAGAAUUCAAAGAGCCAAGGUUUCUCGUUUCAAACGCCUACUUAUUCUUUUUAUCUAUCACUUUAGACCAACUUUCACUUUGAAACUAUUACGGUAAAUCAGUUGAUUUCACUACCAUCAUUAAGAGGAUUUUUAUAGAGUCAUCAGGUGCUUGUGCUUAAAAAUGGUGAAUUUUUUCAUUAUAGCAGACUUGAACUGCAAAGUUCUUUAUUCAGAAGUGUAUAACUUUUCAGAAGCUUCGAAACACAAAGUUGAUGUUACUUCAAAUAUUGUACAGCAAGUCAAGAAGGAAUUUGAUUUUAAUUUCGCCUCUUCAACUGAUGUUGACUGCAGUAUUUCAGAUUUUGAUAGUAACGGAAUAUUUAAUGUUAAAGUUCAAGAAAGUCUAAAACCAACAGUUUGGCAUUCAUUCAGAGGUUGCCUUUACAUUCUGGUUUGUGAUGAUACUGAUAAUAGAGUCUUAGCAGCAAGAACAUUAAUUAUUAUCAUUAGAACUUUAAGAGAUAUUCUAAAACCUAAUACUUUAGCAGAUUUUCUUUCUGGAGCUGAUGUCAUAUCUUUGAUCUUAAAUACUAUUUUACCAAGUGGACAGCUAUUAUUUUUACACAACCAGGCAGUACAGCAAAUUACAAAAGAUAUCCAGAGACUUGCUAAAUGAAUUUUACAAAUAAAAUUUGUUUAUGUUUUUAUGAAGUUAUUUUAUAAAAUAUCAUCUGUUAUCAGUGAAAAUUACACAUUGAGUCUAUAUUUUUUGCAAUGUAAUGUUGCUUGUAAUUAUUGUAAAAAAUAAAUUGUCACAUUUGUUUAACAAGCAAUUGGGUGUGCAACUUCUCUCCCCUUUUAAUCAACUGGAUGGGACAGAUAAUAAGCUAGUUUAGAUAAAGUCAAACCAUUAACAUUUUACACCCAGAGACUGCAGUUUCAUUCUGAUUAGAACUCAUCAGUUUGGAAUAGUGAGUAACCAAGCUGAAGGCAGAUGUCAUCUCAUUGAAGCUGAAAACAAAUUGAUAGAUAAAGUAAACUUAUCUCACCAGCAAGUGUCUGCAGCAUGACAACAGGUUCGACUUGUGAAUGAAAAUACUCGCUGGCGAGAUAAAUUUACUUUAUCUAUCAGUUUGUUUGCGCUCUUAGCUUCAAUGAGAUGACAUCUGCCGCCAGCUCAGUUGUUCACUAUUCUAGACUGACAAGUUCUAAUAAAAACAAAACUGCCGUCUCUGGAUUUGAUAGCUGAACUGUCUGGUAUCUGCCUGAGGCUUAGGGACAGUAACUUACAGCCAUUAACAAUUUACUUUCACAUACUAUAGGAGGAAAUCAAGUUUUAAACAUUUAAAAGGCAAAAAAUGAUAUAUAGAACUGAAAGCAAGAGCCCCCCCCCCCUCUCCCUUUGAACUUCCUUAGCUUUUAGUACUUUUUUCUUUGCAAAAAUGUAAAAACAUUUCUUCUCCAGCAAUUAAUGAAUAAGUUAUUAAAAACUAAAUUUUAAUAACUUUAAUCUGUACUGAAUUUAGUUUCUAUGGGGA